UUUGACUGCUGUUGUUCGCGACGACGAGUCCCCGCAUUCUCUUUGGUUUUUAGAUGUAAUAUCUCGUCUCUUGGCACUGAACGACUUUUACUUUUUGAGACGCUCACUUACACUUCAAGCAUUCAACGGAGACCUUUCUAAAUCUUGUGAAACUUCCGUCUAGACAGACUUCCAGUACAGUAUUCGGAAUCUGUUACUGGAAAGGCGAGGCUUCGAUUCUGCUUCCUGAUGUAGCAUGAUGCCUUACAUGUAGGCUCGGAAGCUCCCUUGCUUUCUUGAAGUCUUGCGAGGACAACUGUACCGUCGACAGUGGUUAGUUUGUCUCUGCCGACGUCGCGUGACAGAGCCCGGGAUUCAUAACGUUGCCAUUUGGACGAAUAGACUCACUUCACAGACGGCUAGAUCUGGAAUAAGUGGGAUGCAGACGAUGGCCUGUAUCGCUCAUGCGCCCAAUAUGGCAUGCUUCUCUUGACAUGUUUGCUUCUUUCAGCCUCCUUGCCUGUCCAGCCUUUGGUACAUAUAAACAUCUCUCAGAUGUCGCACCUCCUCUCUUCCUCCCUCCGCGACCGACUGCAUAGCUAUGUCACAACAGAUCAACGACCGUGUUUCUCGUGUUGCGUGCGUCGAUACCAACCAGCCUGAAGACGAUGUUCGCCGUUCGCUAUCCUCGUGUGGUGAAAUAUGCAGAAUCUAUCCUUGGCACCCUAAGGAAGAUAUCACCCACUUCUUUGUUGAGUUUGACCACCCUUCCAGCGUUGAACGCGCUCGAUCGUACCAGUCUUCCACACUCAAAGUAUAUGCUCUUGCCGACUGUCCGAAGAUAAUCAGCCGUUUCUCCUCCCUUGCUGCCCCAGUUCCCUCAAUUAAGCAAGAAUCUCAAGACAUUCCUUCCCUCAUAUUACAGAAUAGGCCCAAGAAGCGCCGUUCACAACGUCCAGCACGUGGAGAAUCAGUACGCAGGAAUCCAUACGAUGAUCGCGGGCGGCCGAAACGAGGUUCUUAUGAGACCAACAGGCAGGAGGGAAGCUCCAUCGCGUCUUCGUCUCGCACGUACUCUCGGAGUCCUCGCAGAAAUCGGGUAUCGUCUGAGUAUAUGCGCGACUGUGGGAAGGAAAACGGCCAGAGCAAGAUUUCUUCACCAUCUGCAUCCGUGUCUACCUCCAUGGCCGACGCUGGUCGCUUCAUGGAUGUCGACGUGCAAGAUAUUAACGGUGAUUUUUUCAGUUCCAAUGCCUACUUUCCUUCUACCAUGCCAUUCCCCCUCUCUUUCGCGAUGCCUGGUGUAAUGCCGCACAGUCUUCCGUCACUCUCCUUUGCCUCAACAAAUUCGGUUGGUUCUCUUCCGACGCCAGCCCCAUCAACACCAGCCCCCACGCUUUCGCCGUCCAUCAUCUUGUCGUACGAAGGCGGCAGCUUCACUUGCGACCUCGAUGCUCUCUCGGAGGAUCCUGAGGGCGUGAUAGGCGUUUUGAGACAGACCGCAGCUAACGCAUUGGAGAGGGAUAAAUGGAUGAUCGUCGCUGGGCACUAUCGGGGGAAGGGAAACAUCUUGGCUGCGUUGGCCGUGAUCACUGUUAUGAUUGAAGUAAUGACGUCCCCUGUCGUGGGGAUCCCAGAGCGUGAACUCAAGCCUGCGUUCCUUAUGCUCUCGAGUUGCCAUACCGAUCUCGCCAAGCGAGCUCGUAUCGCAUCGGGUCCUGAAGAUGACGGAAGGCGCGAACACCUUCGCAAAGCUCAAGAGUGUUUACAGAAGGUGUAUGGCAAGAACGUUCCCAGUUCUGACGAUAAACCGCUUGCUGCUCCUCAAGCCAGUCGAGGCUACCUCAUCAAUGCUGGCAACCUUCAGAGUAAUGAUCCUUUCGCGACAGUGCAAGAUGAUAGAACACCUACGAAGUCCGGUGGCAGAACCAUCAACGAUCUGGAACGAGAGAAUCAGUCCUUACGUGAUCGUCAUCGCAACCUAGGCAAGAGCCUGUCACAAGCAAACGUUGCGAAGCGCAAGGCGGAGAACGACCUGGAUGAUGAGCGGCAUCUUCGACGUAAAGCCGAACGCGACUUAGCUGGCGUUCAGCAAGAGCUAUCAUCAGCCCGUCGGUCUGAGCGUUUCGCUCUGGAGCAGUGCCGACGUGAAGUUGAGAAUCGACGCAAGGCUGAAGAGAGAGCGGCCAAGUUGAAAGACGAGUUGGUCAAGGUGAAACACGAUUUGGAGAUUUCAGGUGAGGGCAUAGCGGAGAAGGAAAGGCGGGCGAGGGAGUGUUUCGGACGACUUGGUAUGAUAUUCUUGAAGGCUGCCAAGGGCGAGACUGCAGGAUUGGAGGAGAUCCCUGGUACUCUGGCAGCUGGGAGUGGAAGUGGACUGUCGACUUUAGAUGGGUUCAAGGCAGAACGCCUUAGCGUAAGCGUGAUCAGUCAAGGAUAGGCUUGCUUUUCAUUCACUACAUUCUGAAUACACUGUAUCUGUUAUCUGCAUUUUCGGAGUUUACAUUCGCAUAUAUUUGAUGCCUUUGCCUGCAGUCAUCGUUGUGUCACGACCUUUUGUUCGCGCUGUGUCCUGUGAUAUAAUUGUACCAAGUAGUUGUACAUCUGCCCCUUCAAUGACCCCCUUGUACUUC